GGUGCUGCGUUGCAGAGCUCCCAGAGUAGUACAGUAGUACCAGUCUAAAACACAAUUAAAAUGUAGAUAUUUUUUAUGUUUUGUUGUAUAAAAAAUCUAAACCAUGUUGAGACUUGCCAAUGAAUAAAGUGCGUUAUUUUCAAAACAAAAUAAAACUUCCUGGUUCCCGUUUUCCUGAAGCUGCGUCGAGCUGCGCAGCUUUGACGCUCGCUACCUACCCCCGUCAUACUCGAGGACAUGGGACCGUGAAAGUAUGGCGGAUGCCGAGGAGCCGGAGAAGAAAAGAAGGCGAAUAGAGGACCUGACUGAGAAGUUAGUGACGAAAGCUAAUGAAAGGUUUCUGCCCGGCAGCAGAAUGGCUGUAGACAGUGGCGCCUGCGACUGGGACGGCCGGUGGAAUCACGUGAGGAAGUUCCUGGAGAGACCUGGCCCGUUCACUCAUCCUGACUUUGAGCCAAGCACAGAGUCGCUACAGUUCCUGUUGGAGACCUGCAAGAUUUUGGUGAUCGGUGCAGGCGGGCUUGGAUGCGAAUUGCUUAAAGAUCUUGCCCUGUCUGGGUUCCGUCUUAUUCAUGUGGUUGACAUGGACACUAUUGACAUAUCCAACCUCAAUAGGCAGUUUCUUUUCAGGCCUAAAGAUGUUGGACGACCAAAAGCAGAAGUGGCUGCCGACUUCAUUAACAGUCGCAUCCCUGGAUGUAAAGUUGUCCCUCACUUAAAAAAAAUUCAGGACUUUGACGAGUCUUUCUACAGACAGUUCCACAUUAUUGUUUGUGGGCUGGACUCCAUCAUCGCCAGGCGAUGGAUGAACGGCAUGCUGAUAUCGCUUCUGAGCUAUGAAGACGGAAUACUGGAUCCCAGCUCCAUCAUCCCCCUUAUUGACGGCGGUACAGAAGGUUUUAAAGGAAACGCUCGUGUCAUUUUGCCGGGUAUGACGGCGUGCAUCGACUGCACACUGGAGCUGUACCCCCCGCAGACUCAUUUCCCAAUGUGCACCAUUGCAUCCAUGCCGAGGCUCCCUGAACAUUGCAUUGAAUAUGCCAGAAUGUUGCAAUGGCCGAAAGAAAAGCCAUUCGGAGAAACAAGUUUAGACGGAGACAAUCCCGAGCACAUCCAGUGGGUGUUUGACAGAGCGCUAGAGCGAGCCGCGCAGUUCAACAUCACAGGAGUCACAUACAGACUCACUCAAGGUGUUGUGAAGCGGAUCAUUCCUGCCGUGGCAUCGACUAAUGCCGUUAUCGCCGCUGCCUGUGCAAGUGAAGUUUUUAAAAUUGCAACAAGUGCGUAUAUUCCUUUAAAUAAUUAUCUGGUCUUCAAUGACGUGGAUGGACUCUAUACGUACAGUUUUGAAGCUGAACGAAAGGACAACUGUUCAGCGUGCAGUCAGGUGCCUCAAGACCUCCAGUUCCCACCUUCUGCAAAACUACAGGAGGUUUUAGAGUACCUGACAGAGAAUGCCUCCUUACAAAUGAAAUCUCCAGCUAUCACGACAACUCUGGAGGGCAAAAAUAAGACUCUGUACCUGCAGUCUGUUAAAUCAAUCGAAGAACGAACCAGACCAAACCUCUGCAAAACCUUAAAAGAGCUGGGGUUGUCGGAUGGACAGGAACUAGCCGUGGCAGACAUCACCACGCCUCAGACUGUCCUCUUCAAGCUCAAUUUCACUGCCUGAAUGCCAUUUGGAAUGCAUAGCACUGAUGUGAUGUUUGACUUCCUCUUUCACAAUGUUACUGUAGCGCAUUUGAUGUAAGUGUAAAUAGGACAAGUACAUUUUCACUUGGUGCGGUAGCAUUAAUAUUGUUUACUCAUAUGUGUGUGUGUGUGUGUGUGUAUGAAUCCUCGCAUUGUAGCUCUUCCGUCAAACAAGAAUAAUGAUGCACUGCUAUCCAGGUUCAUUAUUGUCAUCAGAUCAGCUUUACUUUUUUAGCAUCAUGAGUACCAAAACAUUUGAUGCAUCCAUUCGUCCCCAUUUUCUCUACUUCUUUUCCUCACUCGGUUCACAAGUAUGCUGGAGCCUACCCCAGCUGUCUUUGGGAAAGACCCAAGAAAAUGAAUAGAUUGAUUUUUAACACAGUCUUUUGAUUGCGUACCCCGAAAGAAGUUCAAUGGGUAAACAUUUUAUUCACUUGAACUUCAAGCAACUCAAGUCGCUGAAUUCUUAGUUACUAAAUGAAUGUGCUUACAGCCAAAACUCAAUAGGUUGAAAGGGUCUAGAAUAUGUUCCAAUACAAGAAUUGAGGUAGAAUACUAUUAAGGCUUUUCCUAUAUGCGGAGUACAUAUGCUGACAUUGGCCAUCAUGUAUGAUUUUUUUUUUUAAAGAUAUUUUUGUUACUUAAGAAGCAUGCUUCCCUGAAGAGUAUUGAGAUUCUUAGAAGUUCCAUGGUAACCUUAAAAAUACUCAUAAUACACUACUGUAUUGUCAGAAAUAUCUGCUUAAAUUAAAGGAAACCAUGCAGAAAAUGUUGAAAUGUGCUGA